GUUGCACAUGGCAGCAGCCGCAAGUUGUGCUGUGCCGCAGCCGCAAGUAUUUUGUGAUGUUCCGUGGGGAAAGUAGCACUUAGUGAUAUAUAAGUGAUAGUUAAAACGAUUUAAAGGAAGCGAAUUACGGAGAAACGCUCCAAGGUUUCUCAAGGUUGGCUUUUGCAGUCUUAGUAAGCGACCCGGUUAACCGCCGCAGGUGUCUAAAUGAAGGCGCUAAAGCAGCGAAAGAUCCCGCAGCAGCGGCGGCGAAGAAAGAUGCUCGGCCGGAAACUGAUGCCUCGACUCAGGCGAGCGUUGCAAGCCGGUCGAGUAGUCAAGCCGCCGCGCGACCCACGUCCAUGGACCGUGACUCCGAUGGAGCCCAGUUCCGCGAACGCUUUUUCAGUGUCGGCCAGAUCCCAUGCGUGUGUUUCAGCUAGCACCUCCAAACAGAGUAGCAUGUUCCCCACGUUUAGUGGAGAGCGAGCCACAGUGGACGAGGAUUUUGAAGAAGAGGAGGACGUUUCUGAAGACGGUCAAGAGUGGCAUGAAGGUGGGCUCCUGUGUAAAAAAGGGAGACUACAAUGGCGCAGAACACCUGUCACUGAAUCGGACCAGCCUGGCUUUGAAGAAUACGGAUCAUCAUCAGAAGGAGGUGGUGACGAAAGGAGCGAUGAGGAUAAGAGUGAAGAAGACGUGUCUGUGGAUGGUGCAUCUGAUGACUAUCACACUUCUAGCAGCAGCGGCAGCUCCGCGUCUGAGGAAAAUGACGUCGAUGAGUGCGGUCGGAGGGAUGUGAACAGACUGCUGCUGGAAUCACAGACCUUUCUGCAGGAGUACGAAGAUGACGACAAAGCUUGCAAUGUUGAUAAUCAAGGGACCAAUGAAGAAGACUCCAGAGCCAAUGCUGAUACAGACAACACUUUCAGGGUGUUCAUGGCAGCCGGCCGUGUGGUCGUGUUGGUGCGGCCACCGGCAGCAGUGCAGCUUACGGGGCGGGCUCAGCUCCGCGUCCUGCAUGGCAUCCUCGAUAUUGAGGGCCACGUGAUCAUAGGUGGGACCGCGGCUGCACGUGUACGGCCCGACUGCUGCCUCGUCCAUUCGCCGUUCCCCAAAGGCUUCGUGCACGUCAAGCCCCUCCCGUUGGAGGUCCCCAGGAGCAUCGGCAAGGCGAUGAACCUGCGACGGACGCUGGCCCAGCUGGGCAUGGACGAGGCCUGGACCAAGCUGAGGCCGCUGAUUGGGCGGGGAACGGCCGUCAUGCUGCUUGAGAAGGUGCCGGGAGGCAACUGGCCCAUCGGGGUCAAAAGGGACUCUCAACUGAGGGGACCCUUGCAAUCGUUAGGAUUUCAACUGAGCCAAUACCAGCCAUCCAAGUCAUGGAGUGACCCCUGGCGGCAGCAAGCAUCUGCCCUUGUGAGGAACGUGAUCUGUGCGCACGAUUUCGGAGACCACCAGCGAACAUUGAAGCCAGAAGGCCGUGCAGUGCAAUGCGUUGUUGUGUGUGGGCGCCAGAACACCGGGAAGUCGUCCCUGCUUCGAGUGCUUGUCAACAGCUACCUGAAUUUCUGCUCCGAGGUGCUGUACUUGGACUGCGAUCCCGGCCAGUGCGAGUUCACUCCGCCGGCCACUGUUUCACUCACCCGUGUCACUGAACCACUCCUGGGGCCGCCAUUUACUCAUGUCCGCACACCCGAAAAAGCUUACUUUUUAGGUCACGUGAGCCCAGCCAGCCAGCCUGAUUCCUACUGCAUGGCCAUACGUGCGCUCAUUGAUCACGCUCGGAAGGUGGCACCGAGGGCACCGCUUCUUGUCAACACCAUGGGCUGGGUCAACGGGCUUGGUCUCUCCCUACUGACGGAUGUGAUCAGGUGGCUGUGCCCAACAGACCUGGUGCAGCUUGUCACCGAGGCAGAGAACGGCGAUACACCUAUGCCACUUCUGGACGAGACACUGCUGCGAUCCGCGUGUGGUUGGAUGACGUCGCGCAGUGACAGCGAUGGCCUCUGGCCACUGGACGAUCUGUCGUGCUACGCGUUGCCUGGCUCUACCUUCAGGGGAAGGUCGACGGCACGUGCCAAGCGUGAAGCCAUGGUCCUUGCAUACCUGGGACGAAAGGGCAGUUCCGACGGCUACCAUCUACCCGACACACCUUACUGGCUGUGGAACACCACGCCACUCCGGGUACGGUGGUGUGCGUUGGCAGUGCAUGACUGCGAUAACUCUGUCCCCAAGAAGGACCUGCUGUAUGCGCUUCGCGGGAGUGUCGUGGCCCUUUGCGUCGUCCCAGCCGACAAGAUGCUGGAGACGGAGAACCCUUCUUACCCCAAGUUCAUCAACAGCUGUGGCCCGUACGAGUGCCUUGGAUAUGGCCUCGUGCGUGCUAUUGAUCCGUCGGAGAAACUCUUCUACAUCACCACACCUGAGCCAUCCGAUCGGCUGUCCCAGGUCAACGCCCUCGUUCGCGGUGACAUUCAUUUGCCUGAGUCCUUGCUCACUGCUCAGGCACAGCUGUUGCAGUGCGCUUGGGCACCGUACCUUGCCAAAGCGUCGUCUGAGCCAGACCCCUGCAGUGAUGGGGAAGAGCAGAAUGAUGAUUUUCGCUCUUAAAACUGUUUUGUCAUUUCUUUUUCUUCUCUCAAUAAAGAAUGGAGGAUAGUCUGUGAAUUUUUACGUAA